UCUUCUUCCCUUUACCCAAAUCUCUCUCGCUCUCUCUCUCUCUCACUGAGCCACAAUGGAGGUCCUCUCGGUGUGUUCUCCCUCGACUCUCCUACCCCUAAAGCCAUCCACCACCAAACCCUUCUCCAGUCCUCCGCCUUCCGUCCAGCUCAGGCCCAAAGCUUCCCUUCCUCCUCUUCCUUCUCUCAGAACCUCCCUUGAGCCCUCCCGGGCCCUAGGGUUCGCUCCCAGCCCGGCCUUCGAUUCGGCCCUCUCCACGGCCCCGCAGAGCCCCGCCACCGCCAUGAGGGGGGCGGAGGCCGACGCCAUGGGGCUGCUGCUCAAGGAGAGGAUAGUGUUCCUCGGGAGCAGCAUCGAUGACUUCGUCGCCGACGCCAUUAUCAGCCAGCUGCUUCUGCUGGACGCGCAGGACAGCACCAAGGACAUCAGGCUGUUCAUCAAUUCCCCCGGCGGAUCUCUCAGUGCUACAAUGGCCAUCUAUGAUGUUGUGCAGCUUGUGAGGGCUGAUAUCUCCACAGUUGCCCUCGGAAUCUCGGCCUCUACUGCCUCCAUAAUCCUGGGUGGGGGAGCAAAGGGCAAGCGAUUUGCAAUGCCCAACACGCGGAUUAUGAUCCAUCAACCUUUGGGAGGUGCCAGUGGGCAGGCGAUAGAUGUGGAGAUUCAAGCCCGAGAAGUCAUGCACAAUAAGAACAACGUCACGAGGAUCAUCUCAUCAUUUACUGGCCGCUCGUUUGAGCAGGUUGAGAAGGAUAUCGAUAGGGACCGGUACAUGUCCCCAAUUGAGGCUGUUGAAUAUGGCAUCAUUGAUGGAGUGAUAGAUAGAGAUAGUAUCAUUCCAUUGAUGCCAGUUCCUGAGAAGGUGAAGUCUACUCUGAAUUACGAAGAAAUCAGUAAGGAUCCAAGGAAGUUCUUGACCCCUGAUAUCCCCGAUGAUGAGAUAUACUAGCCCAGAGUGCAUGCGGUCGUUAACUGUUGCAGGUAUUACACAAGUUGGGUUUGGAGACUUACUGUACUCUUUCUGUGGUCAUAACUCAUAAAAGGGCUCAUACCGGAAGUUGCCUCUAUGAUCAGUCCCGUGUAGUUUGGAGGCUCGGUGACAUCAGAGAGAACUGCGAUCAGAUGAGCUGAUUUGUUAUCCUUUCAGUUUCAAUAGUUUGUAUGCGACUGAAAGUCGGGUAGAAGUUCCUGAUGUCUAUUGUAGAAUAGUGACUGCAGGCAUUGGCCGGAAUUCUCAACAUUUUUUUAGGUCGUGAUCCAACUGAGCACUGAUAAAGGAUGUGAUUGCGAUCUGAAUGUUGAUGCCUUGAUCGAGACAUGCUUUCCUGUGCCUUGAGCAAGAUUGAAGUUGAUUACCCUUGUUUGGUUUUUUGAAUUACUGAAAAUUUACUGAAGGC